AUGGCACAGUUCAGGUAUCGUUCAAUGACCCCAGAGGAUGUCAUUCAAGUUAGAGAACUUUACAUUGAGUUCUGGAAGAGGGAAACAAUUGCCAAAGCCUUGAAAAUGGAGGUGCCGAGAGAAUGUGAGAAAUUUGUAGAAUACGCUCUAGAGGAUGCACCCUUCAACCAACUGUCUGUUGUUGCCGAAGAUACGUUGACGGGAAAAUUAGUUGGAAUGAACGCAGUAGUUUUGGCAACACCGGGAGACCGGAAGAGCUGGAUUUUCCCACAGGAAGACCCAAACUGCCGAACGAUGAAAAGGAGUUACUCAAUACUAGAUCAGCUGUACGCAAUGCCCGAUUAUUUUUCUCAUUUCGGCGUGAAGAAUUGUCUUCUGUCUCGUGGAAUUGUUGUUCUCGAAGAAUACGACCGUCGAGGAAUUGGCACCAAAUUGAUGCAAAAAACACUGGGGAUAGCACGUGACCUUGGCGUACAGCUUGUGCUCAUGGACUGCACAAGUCCAUUUUCCCGAAGAAUUUGUGAAAAACUUAGCUUUGAACAGGUAAGCCUGAUUGAUCUCGCCGACAAAGGUGUGGAGAAUCUAUCAGACGACAACCGUUUCCGGAUAGCCACGCUUCAUGCUUUAAACUAA